AUGGCACCUCCUAGAAAGCGACGUCAGGAAUCCGAUGACGAGGAGGAAGAAGAAGAGCUUCAAGCCCUCCCAUCCGAUGAUGACGAGGAAGAAGAGGAAUAUGAAGAUUCUGAAUUAGGCUCCGAUGAGGAGGGAGAAGAAGAGGAAGAGGAGGAAGAAGCUGAAGGCAACGGAGAAGAGGACGAGGAAGAGGCCCCAGCACCAAAGAAACGCAAAGCUGACACCGAUGCCGUCGAGCCUGCCUCCAAGAAAUCCAAACCUGCAGUCAGCAACGGAGAGGAAGAAGAUGAUAUUGAGGACGAUGAAGACGACGUUGAGGAUGAUGCCGAUGAGGCUGAACAAGAAGAGGACGAGCCUGCAGUUAAGACAAAAGUAAUCGCCGGAUCAGAGAGCAAAACGAGUGCUGCCGUAGCUGAGACAGAGGAUCUCGAUGACGAAGAUUAG